GGAAGGAGUGAUUUAAGGAAUGCCUCUGCGCGUAUUCCGUAUUCCUCCGAACUAAUCGACUCCCACAUCUCCCCAUUCUACCGUCCGGAAUCUCGCCGGACUUUCUUCCGCCACCGCUAUGUAGAGUUGCGCGCCGCCUCCGCUGUUUCACCGGCCGGCGUCACAGCCACAUUUCUCUACUCUUUUGCAUUUUUCAUCUUGACUAGAGAGUUUCUCUGAUCUUUGAUGGUCUGCGUAGGCACGAUCGACAAUGGCGCGGCCGCGGAUCGACAGGGCCGAAGCGGACGCCGUCCUCCAGGAACUGCGCCGCCGGAGGGACGAGGACGACUGCGAGAACUUCUACCACUACGAGUUGGACGCCGAGCAGCGCCUGAAGAAUCUCUUCUGGGCCGACAUCGACUCCCGCCUCGACUACCUCUUCCACGGCGACGUCGUCGUCUUCGACACCACGUACCGGACCAACAAGUACGGCAUGCCGUUCGUCCCCUUCGUCGGGCUGAGCCACCACCGCACGCCCGCGUUCUUCGGCUGCGGCAUCAUCUCCGACCAGUCCCUCGACUCGUACGUCUGGCUGCUGCGCGCCUUCCUGAUGUCCACCUACCAGGACAGGCCCAAGUCGGUGAUCACCGACGGCGGCGACGCGGUGGCCGCGGCCGUCAAGAUCGUGUUCCCGGAGUCCAACCACCGGAUCUGCUCGUGGCACGUGGAGCAGGCCGUCGAGGAGCACCUCCGCGGCUCGUCGAUCCGGAACGAGUUCAGGUCCCUGAUGUGCGACGCGUGCUCCCCGGCGGCGUUCGAGGAGCGGUGGUACGGCUUCAUGGCGAAGCACCGGACCGCCGGGAACCAGCGCUGGCUGGACGCCAUGUACGGCAAGAGGGAGCUGUGGGCCGCCGCGUUCGUCCACGACAAGUUCUUUCUCGGUAUGGCUAGCGACCAGAGGACGGAGUGCCUCGCCACGCGCCUGCACACGGGGCUCCACGGGGGCAUGUCGUUGCCCGACCUGCUGCGGCACGCCGACGCCUGCGCCGACGGCCUGCGCCGCGGCAGCGCCGCGCUCGACGCCGAGGCCGACAGGUCCCGGGUGGAGCUCACCACCGGGCACCGGUACCUGGAGGAGCGCGCCGCGCGCUGGUUCACGCCGGCCAACUUCUACCUCCUGCGCGAGGAGAUAAAGAUGAUCGACAGCUUCGAGGUCGUGGAGGCGACGGCCAGAGGCCACCCCACGUUCGGCAAGAAGGCCUACACGGUGGUGUUCAGGCAGCGCCGGGGCGUGCUCUUCCACGUGGAGUGCUCCGGCUCCGGCGACGUCGUCAGAUGCAGCUGCCGAAAGAUGGAGCGCGAGGGCCUCCCCUGCCGGCACAUCCUGUGCGUGAUGCGCCACACCAACUCGUCGCGGAUACCGGACUGCUGCGCGCUGAGGCGGAUGCGGCGGCGGGGCGACGCCAAGUCCGAGAGGCUCGACGAGAUGGAGGAGCUGGGGCGUCAGGUGUUCGAUCUGGCCUCGGAGGACGCCCAGGAGUUCAAGGAGAUCAAGGAGUUUUUGGAAAGCUGGCUGGAAGAUAGGAACGCUGGCCUUCGCGGCUCCGGUGGUGCCGUUGCUGUAGUGGACAGCAAUACUGCAGACGACGCUGACAGCGUCACGCCGGCGACAAAGAAGACAAAAUUGAUCGAAGGCUGAGGUGCGGGUGCGGCACACGAGAGAUUUCCGUGCGGGCUGAAUGCGUUCCUUGCAUCUAGUUUCUCAUUCGUGCUUGAAUUUUUUUAUCGUAGUAAAUGAAAUAAUUUUAUUCAUGUUUGGAGUUCAGAGAAA